AUGUACGCCGAAAAUGUUGAGAAGUAUCUUGAAUCAGCUCUCUACGUUGGAAGUACUUGGGACUGCGUGGUUCUACUGGAUGAAGCAGACGUGUUUCUCAAAGAGAGAACAAAGAUGGGUCUUCAGCGCAAUGCGCUAGUCUCCGUGUUCCUGCGCGUUUUGGAAUACUACGAUGGCAUCUUGAUCUUGACGACUAAUCGUAUCGGCACCUUCGACGAGGCAUUCAAGUCCCGCAUUCAGCUCGCGCUCCACUACCCACCGCUGGAUAGAGACGGUCGUUGGGAGGUCUUGAGAAAUUUUGUCCAAUCGUUGUCGGAAGCUGGUGAGAACAUCGACAACAAAGAAAUCAGCAAAAAGCUUGACAUCCUCGCACGAUAUAAACUGAACGGCCGGCAGAUUAGAAACACGAUCAGCACUGCUCGGCAGCUAGCACAAUACAAAAAGGAAACGUUACGCUAUGCGCAUGUAGACCAGGCGGUUGGAGUGGUCAACGAGUUCGAGAAGUACGUCACGGAUGUACACGGUCAUGAUGAUGAGGAAUAUGCGCGAGAUCAAGGCUUGAGAAACGAUGGGAUUCCGCGUGAGGUAGACUGA